AUGCCUAAAAGCGCGAAAAAGAGAAAGGAUAAAGUUGCCGACUUUUCGAAAGCCAAACUCAAAUUAGGCAAGGGAAAGCAGCAGCCGACCAAUGCAAUCGACACAUCUUUCAAGGCUCGAUCCAUUGCGCUCCCCACGCAGAGCAUUUCCGUACAGCGAUAUGACAAUACGCCAACGACCAAGCGCAAGCUCACCUUCGAUGAUUUGAUAGCGCAUUUGAAACAUUAUAACGCAGGGACGAGAAAGGAUGCUCUGAUGGGUUUUCGCGAAUUGUUUGAGAAUCAUCCUGAGCUAGUCGAAUCCUCUCUCACCCCCUUUGUGGGGGCUUCUGUUCGGAUCAUUGCUGACGAGGAUGCCAGCGUUCGAAAGGCAUUGCUCGUGUUCCUUGGUUGGCUUCUUCCUCGAAUUCCACAUGAGACUCUGGUUCCACACUCCCCGCUGCUUCUCCUGUUUACCACUUCGGCACAAACACAUAUUUUCCCGGAAAUUCGGGUCGAUGCAAUUCGCUUCUUAGAUUUGUUCCUGGAUCUCAUACCGGAAGUAGUUGUGAGUGGAUGGAAAGACGGAAAGGGAGGACAUGGAAGGCGUGUUCUGGAAGGAUACCUCGGCAUCUUGAAUGCAGGGACAACGUUUGGGGAAGGCGCAGGACCUGUUCAAGCGACAUCAACCGCAAGUGUUGUGUUAUCCGUCACGUCGAAAUUAGUCGUCUUGAGGUCCCUUUCAAAAUUUCUCCGUCAUGCACUAUCACCACCACAAACUACCUCGCUUGAAAACGAUGCUUCUCAGCCAUCGAAGUCCACGUGGUAUUACGCAUCUUCAUUCUCUAGCCAGGAAGCUUACAGAUCGUUCGACACACUCCUGAGAUCAACAUCUCAAAACUUGCCUGGCGAUACACCACAAGUACGGUAUUGGAAACCCGAAAUUGAACUUGAAGCAGGCGAUGAGAGGUUCAUUGGGAGUUUCAGUCAUGUUGACUCUAGUGCAGAUGUUCCGUUGACUUUUCAGGAGUGCUCAGACUUCAUGUCGAAAUCCACAUUUGCCGACAUGAUCAAAUCGGACAGCAGUCAACUCAGUUCAGAUUACGAAUCUCGGCUCGCACGGGCACUUCACCCAACGCUUUUAUCGACUUUUAUCGACUGCUCGCCUGUCGUGUUCUCACCUAGUUUGCCACCCCGAGAAAUGGAAUUGGGGUUAAUUGUGGCGAGCGCUGAGAUAUACCGCACCCUUGAUGGACAUCUAUUGCAGAACCCAGAAAUAAAAAAAAGCACUGUUCGAGAAGACCUGAAAGCACUCUUGGGACACAUGGCUACUCAUUUCCCAUUCCAGUUGAGCGCUGUGAUAAGACGGGAUAUCAAGACGGAACACGCCUUUCAAGAUCUUAAUCUUAUCUAUUGCGAACUGACCUCCCUCCUUGUGCUUGCAUCCGCUCAACAUCCUGAGAAACCACCUACCACUCGCGGGAAGGCCCGUAUCACGGGUCCUGCUCUCGCCGGCGCCUCAUCUCUUCGAGUCGAGCGCGUUGGCGAAUACGUGGUCGCGGUCCUCAGAGGUGAAGCACUGAGCUCGCAUACUGUCGCGCGACCGAUCCCCGCCCAGGCAUACAUCGCACUCCUGCCCACGAUCUGGUCGCUACUGAACAGUACCCCAGAGCUGUCUGGACCUGUGUUGGAGGCCACGAUUGACCACGCUAUGCGGUGUCCAUCUAUGUCAGCGGUGAAGCGCUCGACGGUGGAAUUCGUCUCCCGUUUGGUGCUUCUUGAAUCAUGCCCGCAGUAUACGGGGGUGUUUAAAUUAAGCCAAUUUCCUACGGAGAGUCAAAAAAUAGAACAAUGGAUCUCGCAACUGCCCAAGACGCUUUGGGAGCUUGGCACGGAAGACCCUACAACGACGGAGACGAUCCUGCGUUUCCUUCUGCGGUUAUUUCAGCUUCGAUCGGCCUUCGUUCAUUCAGAAGUCCUAGAAGCCGUCCGGUCACGCUUGGUGCCUUAUUUCAUCAUCGCUCAUCCAACCCGCGGUGCGCUCCCUGGGCCGUACACGAAGCUCGAGCGCCCGACGCUUCGCACGCUUGCGCUCGACGUCGUGGCCACCCUUUUCAGGCUUGGUGGCGUGGAAGAGCGGCUGGACAGUGCGGCGCGCAUAGCUGUAACCGGGACGGCCCAAGAGCAGUACUGGGUAGAGAUCACCCACGUUUCCCGACUAGGUCUUCCAUAGGGUUUGGCGACUACUAUACUUUGCAUAUCUUUAUUUACUCUGAGC